CAUUACACAUACAUCAUUACCGUUGAGGGCAACCUCCGUCCUGCAGGGGCUUCCGCACCGUGGACGCACUUCACGCUUCCAGCAUGGCGCUUCCGAAUCUCUUCUACCAAGUCGGCUUCGGCCUCGCAUUCCUCAACACCCUCCUCGUCCUCUGGACCGUCUGCAAGCUAAUUCACAUUCUUCCAGGGCUUGGCCCGCUUUCACAGCGACACGCCUACAGCAUUGCUCUCUCAUCGACAUGCUUCAACUACCUUCUUAUCAAGGCUUGCCCCUGGGUCAAGCUCCGCGGAUUGCCCGAGCUCGAACAGGCAUGGGCGCAGAUGGCUGCUGAAGGAGCAGCCCCAUUCGUCAUCGCCAAUCACAACUCUAAGUUGGAUUCCUUGCUCAUCACCGCGCUUCUUCCCACAUGGCUGGGACCCCGUAUGCGAUCGCUUAUUAAACUAGCCUUGUUUAGCGAGCCGCUGUUUGGCGGCAUUUGUACCGCGGUCGGACAUUUUCCUGUUUAUUUCAAAGGCUCUAAAGCAGGUGAUUUUGGUGUAGACAAGGAGGCACAAGGCAAAGUGGCCGUUGCCAUGGAUAAGUUUUUGCGAGAAGAUGGGGGACUUCUGAUCUUCCCAGAGGGGCAAUUGAACAAGACUCCGCGAAAGAUACAGACGCUGCGCCGCGGUGCAUUCAAUCUAGCGAUCGCGCACAAGAAGCCAAUAUGGGGCUUUAUUAACGUUGGCUGCGAAAAAGCCUGGCCAUAUACAAGCGCGAUGGGCGGUUUCCCGUGCGACAUUUACGUACGCGCCUUCAAAGUAACGGAUGACGCCUCCAAGUUUGACAAUAUCCAGCUAGCAGACCAUGCUGGCAAGAUCAUGCAAGAACAGCUGGACGAAAUAUAUAACAUCAUCGACAAUAAAAAGUUGGAGUAGCCCGCGUUGUAGCGGGACAACUCGGCACCUUUUUGACGUGGGCAGCUUGAGGCUUGGGGUGCCGCUAUACUGUACACGUAGACUAUUUGUCGUGAUCACGACUGCAGUUGAGGCAAUUGCAUAUACCUGUGGUAUGGCGAGCCCAACAUAUUUUGAGUUCUCUCGCCUCGUACAGAGUUGUUAAUUGCCGAAGAUUAGAAGAGAAAAGGCCAUGAGGACACAUGCCAAGGCUACCCAUGGGCUCAAUCGCUCCCCUGCGAUAGCACACAUACGCAAGAGAAGUCAAGAAAAGAACAAUUUGAUUUGGUCAGCAAUUGCAACCUCCAGGGCCAUCCUGUCAUCGCCAGCGGGUUCGCGCGACAGGGUGUCGUUUGUCGUAGACUGCGUAAAAUCAAAUCGCGAGCCUAUGCAUACCGAUUCGCGCAGCCUUCCAAAAGACGCCGAGAAAUCCUUGUCGAUUGCCGUCUAGCAGUGCGGGAUACAUAGUGUGUAUGUAAGCGCAGGUGCAAAUGACCAGGAGUAAGACGACGAGAAGACUCUGGAAAUUGAAGAAGGCGGACAUGGUGGAACUGCUGCGAAACGGAACGGAAUUUGGAUGCAAUGAACGCCCCGAGGGACGGGUGUCCUCUCUCGCACCGGAUCAGCGCGAUUGUCCUUCGAUCGAUCAGCACAGGAGCGUAGCGUUGGAAGACG